CCAGUCCAUGGCAUACCAUUAACUGAUGCACGUUGGUUGUCCAUUAUUAGUGGGUGAUAACACAGUGGGUGAAGCAGUCCUAAAACUAGGAUGGAUACAAGCUCUCCCAUGCUACGUCCAACACUGUUUGGAUGCACAAGAUCGUGAAACCUCAUUAUCUCAUUUAGUGCGUAUAGCCGAUAGAAUAAUGGAAAGAGGUCCUACAACUGGAUCAGGCACAACAAAUCACACACAAAAAGUAGAAUCAGCAAAAGACCCGUUCAUAGAAGGACUCAUCGCGGUGUUAAGUCUCACUGAGGCUGUCACCGAAAUGCAAAUGGGUCGUAGAAACAGGAGCAGGUCGCCACAACGACCACGACCCAAGUCACAAAUGUCCAGACAAUCUGGGCAGUUUUGUUGGUACCACUGGAAGUUUGGUGUCAACUCAACCAAGCGCAUGCAACCAUGCGCCUGGCCUAAACAUAAUUCCAAGACAGUUGGAAACGAGUAACCCCUCCUCAGGUCGCGACGACUGAGGAGGGGCGCCUAAACAGUCGCUUGUUUUAUAAUAGAGACAGAAACUCUGGCUUGAAUUUCUAGGUGUAUACUGGCGCCGCUCUUAGCAUCAUCCCUCAAAACAAAACUGAGAUAAGUCGAGAAACAUCACCAACUACACUUCAUAUGUUUUAGUGGACUCAUCUAGCUGAAGGCGCUCGGUCAGGCAUCCGCACCAGAUCACGUGUGGUAACGCUGUGCUCAACAUCUAUCGCAAUCACUAGCCAGAUUAGAUCAGAGAAUUUCGAUAUAUUGUUAAUCGCCAAAUACACUCUUCCGAUCUCCUCGACUCCGUCUUUUGAUUUCUCUGGGUGGGAACGAAUCAUAUUAGAAGGUGUUACUGGUAGAAGCGUUGUCAAACACUGAAAAC